CAGAGCUCGAGUCCGAGUCAAAACAAGGCAGGGCAUCGUCCCAACAGCAUUCGCGGAUCCUUGGACCCCGGCGCGCACUGGCGCUGCUGCACCGCUGCUGCUGACGCGCGCGAAUUGCGCUCACACGGGCCCAAACAUCAAAGCUCUCGGAGAGCAUUCCCAAAAAAACAAAAAACAGUGUGCGGCGUACGGUUGCCCCAAAAAUGGCCACCAUCGAUCUCACGCAAGAAGAUGGCGACGCGCCGGCACCAGCGCCGGCGGUGACGGACCUCACCCAAGAUUCGGACGACGAGCCGCCCGCGAAACGCGCGAAGGCGGCAACGCCGGACCUCGCGCAGCUGCGCCGCGGUGCGCCGCCCGCGCCGGCGGCGCGCUCGCUGCAGCUCCGCACGCACCCGAACCAACUGCGCGACCUGUGGCGCGGCGACGUCACGCGCGAGGGUCAGACGCUCCCGGUCGUCGCGUUCUACAGCCACCGCGGCAGCAGCCCGCACCGCUGCUUCUCGAACUUUCACCAGGGCGCCUUCGACUUCACGCUGCCGGCGAGCUGCGACGGGGCGACGCCGCGGACGGUGCGCGUCGGCUGCGGCGAGCAGGCGAUCAUGCUGUCCAAGGCGGCGCUCUUCCGCGACGCCGUGCGGUUCGACGCGAUCGCGGCGCCCGGCAAGCGCCCCGAGGACUACAAGGCCCUGGGGCGGCGCGUCCAGGGGUUCGACGGGGGCGCCUGGGACGGCGUCGUCGUCGACGUGGCCAUCGCGGUCGUGAGCCAGAAGUUCGCUUCGGACCCGGUGCUCAAGCAGGUGCUCCUCGCGACGGGAAACGCCGUCCUCGCCGAGGCGGCGCCGCAGGACGCCAUCUGGGGCAUCGGCCACGGCGCGUCGCACGCGAACACGCAAGAGUUAUGAGCAGGAGUUUCAUGCUCAGCCUUUUUUCCUGCAGACUCAUUACCUCAUUUCUCAGUUUUAUCAUUUGCCCUUUUGAGCGUUUCUCCGUGUACGCAGCUUCGCCGGCGCAUGAGUUAGUCUAGCGUUCGUGACCGCUUAAGUACUC